CUCUUGGAAUCUGGACCCCAGGGACCCCAGGCAGCUGGCCCCAGCUAAAACCCCACAGCCACCCCUGCCUGUGUGUCCUGCCCACAGCAACUGUGCCACUACCCCUGUAGUGCCCUCGGCAGCCACAGACAUGACGGAGCGCCUGUCAGCCGAACAGCUCAAGGAGUACAAGGGGGUCUUCGAGAUGUUCGACGAGGAGGGCAAUGGGCAGGUGAAGACGGGCGAGCUGGAGCGGCUCAUGAGCUUGCUGGGCAUCAACCCCACCAAGAGCGAGCUGGCUUCCAUGGCCAAGGACGUGGACAGAGACAACAAAGGGUUUUUCAACUGCGAUGGCUUCCUGGCGCUGAUGGGCAUUUACCACGAGAAGGCCCAGAACCAGGAGAGCGAGCUGAGGGCAGCCUUCCGGGUCUUUGACAAGGAGGGCAAGGGCUACAUCGAAUGGAACACGCUUAAGUAUGUGAUGAUGAAUGCGGGUGAGCCCCUCAAUGAGGUGGAGGCGGAGCAGAUGAUGAAGGAGGCUGACAAGGAUGGGGAUGGGACCAUCGACUAUGAGGAGUUCGUGGCCAUGAUGACCGGAGAGUCCUUCAAGCUGGUCCAGUAGGAACAGCUGUCAUUCUGCGGGCGGCGACCCAACACUGCUCUCUCCCCACCCCCACCGCCGGCUCGGUGUCCAAUAAAACGCCUGUCCUGA